AUGUCUAUCAUCAACAGGCGCAAGCGCAAGCUCGCCGAGGAAAUCCUUCCUUGGCCCAUCAAGCGCGCUCGCCGCGGAAAUCCCAUGUUCACCUCUCGCGAGACCCCCAUGACCACUUACUACAAGGUUCCGGAAGCGGCCCCUCCUCCCCCCGUCAUCGACUGGGCGACGUGCAACCUCAUCUCCUACAGGCUCAUCUUCGAGAACGCCCUCGAGCACCUAGACAAAGCGACGCUCCUCGCGCUCCGCCUAGUGUGCAAGCCCUUGCGCAUGCUCGUGGACCUCGAGCUCGCGCAGCACCUCGAGCUGCACGAGGUGCCGAUCCACCCCGCGUUCGCCACCUGCUUCAGCGAGCCCGGCAAGGACGGCCGCCCGCAGGUCCACGUCCACGUCCCCGCAGACCCAACGCCCAAGGUCCCCGCGGAUCCCGCGGCAGUGGCCGCCAACGAAGCGCGCCGCGACCACAUGGUGCACCUGUGCAACAACGUCCGCGCCGUCGACUUGUUCGACGGCGCAGACUUGAGCCUCCUCGAGUUCAUGCCCCAGGUCCGCGUCAUCCGCACCGCCAUUCCCCAGGAGACCAAGGCCGAAGUCGAGCGCCUCCGCGACUACCUCGUCGACACGCCGCCCGUGCUCGCCCCGCGCCGCGACCCUGAGCCGUCGACCGGCUCGUACUUCCCCCGCAUGCCCGAGGUGUAG